AUGGACCCCUACAACCCCUACGCCCACCCACUCCACCCCUCGCAUCCCUCCUCGAUCCCCGCUCAUCGUCCGAGUCCGGCACAGUCUCACACGAGCGGGAACGCGAGUUACGGAGACGAAGGGAGUCGGUCUCCUCCUCCUCCGUCUCUUUCGCUACCAGGACAAGGGGGAGUGGGAGGAGGAGGGGGAAGGAAGAGACCUGCUUCCGACUCGCUCGCCCCCGAGAACGCCUCCUUUGACGCGGGAGGGCGCGAAGAAUCAGUCGGUUCGUCUUCCGCUGGCGGAGGAGGAGGAGCGGGUACAGCUGCGAAACGCGGAAAGACUGCUGCCCCGCCUUUGAAACGCGGGAGCGCUUGUACGUUGUGUCGCAAACGAAAGUUGAGGUGCGAUGGAGUCCGACCCAAGUGCGGGACUUGUUUGAGGUUGAAUCACGAGUGCCAGUACGGCGACCCGACGCAGGAACGGAUCGCGGAGAAGCACCGCGAGUUGGAGGAACGGAUUCGUUCGCUCGAAGCGGAACUGGACUACUACCGGCGCGGCGGGCCCGCCUCGACGUCUGCCUACCCCACCGCGAACGGGAACGGGAACGGCGCUACGAACGGCCUCUUCCCUCCUCCUCCUCCUCCACCGGGCUCGUCCACCUCGCCCGCUACGCACGCCCUCCCGCUCCCCGGACGCGAAGACCCGCAUGCGUCGCUGCAGCCGCAGCACUACGCGGCUUACAACGGCGGUUCGAGCGACCCGUACGGCGGAUUCCACGAUCCCUCAUCAACCUCGGCGCAACGCGAUUCGGAAGCGUUCCCCCUCCCUCCUCCUCACCUGCACCCACUCCCCUCUUCCUCCGCGGGAAUCGGACUCGCCACGCCCGCUGCCAAUACCUCUCCCUCUCUCACAGCUCCCGCCGCGCACUUGCAGAGUUUCCCGUUCCCGAUCAAUCCGACACCGCCGAAUCUGAGCGACUUGAUCAAUCCGCCUUUGUCGGCUGGUCCGACCAGUGCCGGUGGUGGGACGGGCGCGGGAGGAGGAGCGGGAGCGCAGUUUUCCCCCGAGUCGCCUGUGAGCCCGGCAUUGAACGGGGGCACGCUCGCGCCGAGUUGGGGUACCGAGCUCCCCUCGCUCGAAGUGAUGCUCGACCUCUCGGACCUGUACUUCUCGACUCUGCACCAACACUUGCCGUUCCUCCACCGCCGCCGAUUCCUCUACACGCUGCACCACCCCUCGUCGCUCGCGUCUCCCCCCUCUCAAUCACUCAUCUUCUCCGUCCUAGCCGUCGCAGCAGCCUACCACGACUCUCCCCUGAUCCGCGCCCAAGGCCCGAUCUGGUACGCCCUCGCGCGGGAAAAAGUCGACGUGGCCAUCAGCGCGGGUGUGAAUCCGCACAGUGGGAACAGGGUCGCGACGUUGACGGUCGAGAUGGUCCAGGCUUUGUGUUUGUUGAGUCUGGUCGAGAUGGGUCAGAGCGAUCACCAGCGCGCGUUCCUCUCGAUGGGUCAGGCGGUACGGAUCGCUGCGAUGCUCGGACUGCACAGGAUGGACGAAGACCGCGUCGCCCUCCGUACCGGCUCGAUGUCGUCGAAGCGCCUCCGACCCCCAGCCCUCCACCCACUCCCACGCGACCCAGUCCUACUCGAAGAAUGCCGUCGCACAAUGUGCACAGUCUACAUCCUCGACCGAUUCGAAUCCGCGACCGUCGGGUGGCCCUCUGCGAUCGCCGAAUCGGACGUCCGGAUCCUCCUCCCUUGCGCGGACGAGCUGUUCGAGAGUGGGUUGUGUGACGCGGAUGGGAGGGAUAACCCGCUUUUUUGGCCGGCGGACGAUCUCGGAACGAGUGCGGAGAAAGGAUGGAAAGGGAUUCGGGAGGAGGAGGAGGCGGAGAAGCGCGAGUCGAUGAUGAUGAACGGCGCAGGUGGGGUCAAGAGCGAAGUCGCGACCGAAGGAGUCGAGGCGAGCGCGGGUGAACGAGCCAGUCCGCAUGUGCCCAAGGUUGGGACGUUCGCGUGGUUGUGCAGGGUCGUUUGGCUCGGCGGGCGUAUCCAGGCAGAGACGUAUCGCGAUUCGGGCCCACCCGCCGGCGGACCCUGGAACAAGCACGUGAACCUCGACCCGCUCGAAUCGGCCGCCGAGUGCCUCGAGAUGGACCAAGUCCUCGACUACAUCCGGAACAAGUUUUCGGCCAUCGCGGCGAAGAAGGCGCAGAUGCAGAAGGGCGUUGAUGGACCGGUGCUGAUGAUCCUCAUCAUGUUCACCAACCUCUUCCACCUGCGCGCCGCAUCCGGUCUCUCCCGCCUGCCGUGGGACCCCUCGGCGCCGAUCUACGUCGGCUCGAGCGAGUACGCGAUGCAGCGCUGCUGGGAGGCCAUCCACUCGCUGCACGAGAUCCUCUCCCAGCUUGCGGCGUACGAGAACUCGAGGACUACGCUGCAUAGGUCGAGGGCGAACGUGUUCACUUCGUUCGUGCCCUACACCCUCUUCGCCGCCGCCUUCCCAUCCAAGCUCGCCAUCGGGGACUGGUCCGUCCUCGUCGCCGCACGGGACCGGACCGAAAACGUCCCCGCCUCAGUCGCGCGCGACGACCUCCCCUCGGGCGACGACGCCUUCCCGCCGCACUACCUCGAGCGCAGGCUCGCAUUUGUGGAUGUUGCAUGCGACGCGAUGGACCGGAUGGGGGUCGUCUGGCCUGUUGGCAAGAAGUUCGCCGCCAUGAUCCGAGGCGACAGGAUGCGCCUCGCCGCCCGAGCAUACGAACGCUCGACCGCUGCCUCAGCCCCCGGCCAGCCGAUCGUCUCAAGCUCGCCUCACCAGCCGACCGCACCGAUCUACCACUCUCCCCCGCUUGGCGCGAUCCAACACUUGAACGGCUCAGCCUCCGCCGGCGCGGGUUACUGA